CAUUGUAGCCGGCUCCAGGUGGUGAAGUGCUGUAGCAGUCUUCAAACGUUGGUUAGGUGCGUCCCAUAACAAAGCCGUCAUCUCGAAGAAAACAGCUGUGUGGAUUGUACGAAGCGUAUUAUACAUUUUUUAUAAACGAAGAAUAUGGCACCUGUAUAUGAUUUCAGACAUGUUGAGCUGGAUAAGAUAGGAAGGGGGAAAAGAAUCGUGAAACCACCUGGUGGCGAGUGCAGUGACAUCUUCAGCCCUGGCAGAACCGCUGCUGACCAAAUCACCCCACGCAAGACCAAGAACUACAUGCAGUCUACCAUUUUCAGCCCCGACUCUCCCCAGAAUGGCCACUCUCAUAGUCCGACCACCCCUUCCAAACUUCUCGACACCCAAAGCCGUCUCUUCGGAUCUGACUCGGAAGAGCAUACCCCUAGGAGGGUGGUCAACAGGCAGAGAUCGUCCAUUUUUGAGGAUGAAGUCGAUUCCAAGCCACAUGUUCAGAAAACGACACCUGUCCGCCGACCCGUCAUCAACCCCAUCACAGGAGAACCUUUCCUAGAGAAUGGCACCCCUAAUGGUAGCUCAAACGGCGGAACUCCCAAUGGAAGCUCAAACGGAGGAACCCCCACCAAUGGCCACUCCAAUGGAUACACUAAUGGCCAUUCUUCUCCAAUGAAUGGCGACAGUCCAAUGAACGGCGAAGUAAGAAGAAAUCGCAUCCCUCCUGGUGGAAAAUCAUCCGGAAUUUUCUAGAAGACUGAUGGAAAUGAUUGCAGUUUGGAUUUUUGCUAAAAAGAAAUCCUCUCUUUGUUUUUUUUAUUAAUUUUUUUUUCUUCUCCUAUGUCUUCCAUUGAUUGGAUAAACAGAAGAUAACAGAAGCUCUGGUGGCAACAAGGAAAAAUUCAUUUGCAAGAUUUUUUAUGAAUCUAAAUUUUUCUCGGUGUGACUUUAGACUGGAGAUAUUCCUUUAAAGGUUUCAAGUUAUGUAAAUUUCAAAAAUCUCAAUUUUUCUCUUGCGGUAUAAAGUUUUUAUGUUUUCUUAAUGAUUUUCUUAGUAAAAUCUUUCACAGAUCGCAUCUUAUAUCGCAGAACAAAAUCUGCAUAUCGAACAAAUUGUAGUUCAGAGUUUGAAACAUUUGUGCUUAUAUGUAGUUUAUGAUAAACUAUAAAAUGUGUAGAUUUUGAAGUAGCAUAUACUCCUUCUUCUUUAAUUAUUUUUUAUAAAGAAUUACAUGGAAAUCAUUGCGAACCUCUGACUAACUGACGUCCAUUGUUGCCAAGCACCUGUAUACUUACUGAAAAAUUUUUUAAUAAUCUAAAUCUUAUUUGAUAAAUUCCGAUUAAAAACGAUUAAUUGUAUAGGGAACAAAAUAUAUGGCAUUCCAUCUAUUUAAAAUUUUGGUUUAGCUUUUGAGAUCAAAUUUUGUACGAAUCAACCGUAUUAGUUCUUUUGUCCUAUUUGUAUGUCGAUUUGUUUUGUAUUUGAUUUAUUUUACAUUUUUUUAAAUAAAUAAGAAAAGGGAGAGCAAGUGACGACCGGUGAAUAUUGUUUUAUUCUCUCUGUUUCUUUUUUCUACAUUAUGAGAAAUAUUUUUGUUUCUGAAUAUUCCAUAUUUUGUAGAAAACACGUUCGAUUUUUUUGUCGAGGUAUUCCUUUAAAUCAGAUCGCUGUAAUUUAAAUAUUUUUUAAGGAAAUCCAUAAUCGUUUGCGGCUGUAAAUAUUUUGAAACUUAUAAAAUAAUCGUUUGCAGUCGUAAAUAUCUUAAAACUUCGAAACCGUAUUAAAAAAAAACGUCUAACCGCUGAAUAUCAUAAACCGUCUUUGUUAAAAAAUGGCUGGACCAUUUAUUUUACUAUUUUUGCAAUCUUUUUAUUGCACGAAUUUUAUGAAAUAUUUCGAAUUCAAUUAUUUUAUUGAUUUGUUUGAAGUGAAAUACAAUCACAACCGAAACUGUACCUUUGAGAUGCCAAUCGAAUUAUUUGAACAUUUCCUUUUUGUCAAAGCCACCAGUGAAUUUUUGUGAUAUUUCUCUUCAGCAAACCGAAAUGCCUUUUGUUUGUUGAAUCUGCUUUUUGUAACUUCGAAAAAGCUGCUUUUUUUUUAUUUACUUUGGACCACUCGCCAUUUUUAUUUGAAUUUAAAAAAUGUUACGUGUGUAUGUUUUUUUUUUUUUUCUUACAUUGCAAUUUAUAUUAUGAAAGCAUUUUUUGCGUACUUUUAAGCUCUUACACCUUGUCUUUUUUUUAUAUCAAAUGUGUAAUGCAUGUUAUUAUGCUUGAGAGUAUGUUGUAGUGAUAAUGAUGAUUAUUAUCAAUGUGUUAUUACUUCCCAGCUUGAAAUUUAUUAUUUUGUGUCUUGUGUUUAUGUAUUUAGUUCCUAAAUAUUCUGUACCGAUUUAGUUAAAGCAAACUGUAGGGAAUUUUCCAUGCAGUAUUAUGAUGUAGUUCUUGUAGUCAACACUUUCUGUAAUGAAUUGCUUGUAUGAUCGAUAUUGUAAGUAACGUUCUUCACAAGAGAACUAGAAUGUGGGUUUUUUAUAUAUUGUAACUUGGCUUCUUUAAAUAAAUAUUUUACAAAAAUCAA